GGAAGCGGCUGCGAAGCCCUUCCGCGGUGUCGGGCGGCGGGGCCACGGCGGCGGCGGGCGGUAGCGGCGCUCGGCCCUCGCGGCGGCAGGGAUGGACGUGACCGGGGCUGAGACCGACUGGCGCAGCACCAGCUUCCGGCAGAAGCUCGUCAGCCAGAUUGAUGAGGCCAUGAGGAAGGCUGGUGUUGCCCAUAAUAAGUCCAGUAAAGAUAUGGAGAGUCAUGUGUUUAUGAAGGCCAAAACAAGGGAGGAGUAUCUUUCCCUUGUGGCCAGGCUCAUCAUCCAUUUUCGAGACAUUCACAACAAGAAAUCUCAAGCCUCAGUCAGUGAUCCGAUGAAUGCCCUGCAGAAUCUAACUGGGGGUCCCCCAGCAGGGGCACCUGGAAUGAGCAUGGCUUCUCGAGCUCAAGGAGCACCAAUGACUGGGAUGAGUGCCCUUGGCCCAAUGGGACAACAGAUGAGCCUCCCAGGGCAGCAGCAGCCUUCUGGAACCUCUGGAAUGGCCCCUCAUGGCAUGCCUGGGGUCUCUACAGCUGCUCAGCCAACCCAACUUCAGCUUCAGCAGAUAGCUCAGCAGCAACAGCAGCAGCAGCAACAGUUCCAGCAGCAACAGGUGGCUUUGCAGCAGCAGCAGUUCCAGGCCCAGCAGUCAGCCAUGCAGCAGCAGUUUCAGGUGCAGCAACAGCAGGCAGCAGCAGCUGUGGCAGCCCAGCAGCAGCAACAGCAACAACAGCAGCUGCAAGCCGUCCAACAGCAGCAGCACAUGCUGAAACUGCAGAUGCAGCAGCAAAACCAGCAGCAGAUGCAGCAGCAACAGCAGCAGCAGCAACUACAGCGAAUUGCCCAAAUGCAGCAGCUGCAGGCAGCACAGGCUAUGCAGGCACAGCAGCAGCAGGCACAACAACAGCAGCAACAGCAGCAACAAAUGCCACAGCAAAUACAGCAGCAGCCACCUCAACAAGUAAUGCAACAGCAGAUGCAACAGAUGCAGCAGCAGCAACAGCAGCAGCAGCAACAACAGCAACAGGUUGCUCAGGCACAACAGUCUCAGCUUCCACCACAAUCCCAGCCUCAACCCCAGCCCAUGGUGUCUCAGCCACAGGCAAUCUCAGGACAAAUUCCUGGCCAGGUUAUGCCUGUUACUCUCACCCCACAGCAAUUAAAAGCAAUGCAGGUAAGAGCUCAGCUGGUCCAGCAGCAGCAGGCAGCAGCAGCAGCAGUGCAAGCAGCUCAGGCCCAAGCUGCUCAGAUGGGAGCUUCAGGGCAGAUGAUCACCGCACCUAUGGCCCGAGGUGGGAUGCAAAUCAGACCCCGGUUCCCGCCUACCACCGCUGUGUCCGCUACGCCGCCAAGCUCCGUGCCUUUGGGCGGACAGCAAAUGCCACAGGUCAGCCAGAACAACAUCACCAUGAUGUCAUCCCCAUCUCCUGUCCAACAAGCUCAGACACCUCAGUCAAUGCCUCCACCACCACAGCCAUCUCCUCAGCCAGGCCAGCCAACUUCCCAGCCAAACUCAAAUGUCAGCUCUGGCCCAGCUCCAUCACCCAGCAGCUUCCUUCCCAGUCCAUCUCCACAGCCAUCCCAGAGCCCAGCAGCUGCACGAACACCUCAGAACUUUAGUGUCCCAUCCCCAGGUCCUUUGAACACUCCAGGAAAUCCAAAUUCUGUCAUGAGUCCAGCCAGUUCUAGUCAGUCAGAGGAGCAACAGUAUCUGGAGAAACUCAAACAGCUAUCAAAGUACAUUGAGCCGCUCCGGAGGAUGAUCAAUAAAAUAGAUAAAAACGAAGAUAGGAAGAAGGACCUGAGUAAAAUGAAGAGUCUCUUGGAUAUCCUGACUGACCCUUCAAAACGGUGCCCUCUGAAGACACUGCAGAAGUGUGAAAUUGCUCUGGAGAAGCUGAAAAAUGACAUGGCUGUGCCUACUCCACCACCUCCCCCAGUGCCCCCCACCAAGCAACAGUACUUGUGCCAGCCCCUUUUGGAUGCUGUUCUGGCCAACAUCCGCUCCCCGGUCUUCAACCAUUCCCUGUACCGCACGUUCAUGCCGGCGAUGACUGCCAUCCACGGCCCACCCAUCACGGCCCCAGUGGCUUCCCCUCGGAAACGGAAAUACGAAGAGGAUGAGAGACAGACCAUCCCCAAUGUCUUACAAGGGGAAGUUGCAAGACUAAAUCCUAAAUUCCUGGUGAACCUGGAUCCUUCCCACUGCAGUAACAAUGGCACAGUCCAUCUCAUAUGCAAGCUAGAUGACAAGAACCUCCCUAACGUCCCACCGCUGCAGCUCAGCGUUCCGGCUGACUACCCAGACCAGAGCCCUCUGUGGAUCAAGAACCCCAGGCAGUAUGCAGCCAACCCCUUUUUGCAGUCAGUCUAUCGGUACAUGACUUCCAAACUCUUGCAGCUGCCGGACAAGCAUUCAGUCACAGCACUUUUAAACACCUGGGCACAAAGCAUCCGUCAGGCCUGCCUCUCUGCUGCAUGACAACUCCCUCUCUGCCUUGGGAAGCAAGAGAGAGUCCCAACAGCUGGCCUCUUCCCACAUGCCACUGGAGAAUCAACAGGCAUCCCAGGGAGGGUACUUCAGAAGA